AUGUUGGAUGUUCGCCAUGCGAAUCUGCCCAAGCCGCCCACAGAUCUGAAUGCCUAUACGUUGGGCUCAAUCGGUGACCACAAUAUUGUCAUAGCCUGCCUCCCAAAGGGCAAAUAUGGCACGGUCUCGGCAUCAGUGGUGGCAACAAACAUGGCAAGCACAUUUCCCGCCAUCAGAUUCGGCCUCAUGGUGGGCAUCGGCGGUGGCAUCCCUCCUUCAGUCAGGCUGGGAGAUGUGGUUGUGAGCGUGCCCGUCGGCCAAUACCCGGGAGUGGUGCAGUGGGAUUCGGGCAAAGCAGAAGAAGGUGGCACGUUUAGACGGACUGGGGCGCUAAACAAUCCUCCAACAUCAUUGUUGACAGUAUUGACAAAACUCGAAUCGGAGCAUGAGAUGAUGGGCCCCCAAUUUCCUCAAUAUCUAGAGGACCUGGCCACAAAAUAUCCUCGGCUGGCCUCCAAGUACAUCAAGUCAGAUGAGCUCCAAGACAUCCUUUUUGACAAAGAUUAUCCCCAUGCCGACAACGGCGGGGACGGAGGACACGACGACAGCUGCAAAUCUUGCGACAAGAGUCGAUCAGUCAAACGAGAACCACGAGAAGCACAGGUUCACUAUGGGCUUGUUGCAUCUGGCAAUCAAGUUAUCAAGGAUGCGAUAUUUCGGGAUUCACUUAUUAAGGAACUUGGUGACAAUGUACUUUGCGUCGAAAUGGAGGCUGCAGGUCUGAUGGACAAUUUUCCGUGUAUUGUCAUACGUGGAAUAUGUGACUAUGCAGACUCGCACAAGAACAAAGCAUGGCAGGAGCACGCUGCAGCGAUCGCGGCGGCCUUCACAAAAGAAUUGUUGGGAUACGUCACUGUCGCCGAGGUCGCGGAAGAAGUGUCUGCAACAGAAAUACUCUCUCAAAUUGACCAGACCGUGGAAACUAUCAAGGAAGACACCACGCAUACAAAACAGCUGCUCGACAGGAAAGAAGAUAGGGACAUACUGUCCUGGCUCUCACAGACACAUUACGGCGCACAGCAAAGUGACAUCUUGAGAAAGUGGCAUUCAAGCACAGGUCGGUGGUUCUUAAACUCGACGGUUUACCAGGACUGGCUUGAGACAAAAGGAAGGACUUUAUUCUGCCCUGGAAUCCCCGGCGCAGGAAAAACGAUAAUGGCAGCCGCCGUGAUCAACAAUAUCAGUCUCCAGCUCACGCGGAACACGAAGAUUGGACUGGGCUAUGUCUAUUUCACGUUUUCUCAACGACGUGAGCAGACCAUUGAGCACGUCUUGUCAAGCCUCAUGAUGCAGUUCUUACACAGACAGGAUUCUCUGCCGAAACAUGUACGCGAGCUGUACGAACGUCAUAAAAAGAAUGGUACGCGGCCCAGUCGCGAUGAACUAAUCAAAGGACUGCAAGUCGUAGCGUCCGGCUAUGAGCGAGCAUUCAUUGUGCUUGAUGCUAUAGAUGAAUGCAGCACAAUCAAUCAAUGUCGGACACAAGUCCUGGACGACAUCGCGAAGCUCCAAGUUGACAUCGGUAUAAAUAUCCUUGCAACUUCACGAAUGUUGGAAGAGAUUACCUCCAAAUUUGGUCAUCAAAGCACCGUACUACCGAUCACGGCCCAAAAGGCGGAUGUAGAACUUGUGCUGAAGAGUCAAAUGGAAGUCCACGACCAAGAAAUUUUCAGUGAUUCUUUCAAAGACGAAGUAGCUUACAAAGUGGCUCGGAUAGCGAAAGGAAUGUUCCUACUUGCGCAAUUGCAUUUGAAUGCAUUGAUUGCCAUGCCUACAAAGGGGAAAAUCAAGCGAGCCCUUGAAGGACUCUCCUCAGGACUAGCUGGUUUACAUGACGUGUAUGAGUCGGCAAUGGUGAGAAUAGAAAGCCAAAACUCUGAAAGAAGUGAACUGGCCAAAUCGGUCCUGUCCUGGAUCGUGCACGCUCGUACACCACUUUCAGUCAUGCAACUGCAACACGCAUUAAGCGUGACACCAAAUGCCAAGGCUAUUGACGAGGACGACAUACCGACUGUUGGAACGCUUCAGUCUGUCUGUGGUGGCUUAGUCACAAUUGACACGGCAAGUGACAAGAUUCGCUUGAUCCACUACACAACACAAGAAUAUUUCGAACGAACUCGAGAGAAAUGGUUUCCUCACGCACAGCAACAAAUCACACAAACGUGUAUGACCUACCUCUCAUUUCCAAUUCACAUUCAAGAUUGCGAGGAUAUUGUCGAUUACUUUGAGCGUAGCCAACUUUAUCCGUUAUAUGAUUACGCACACUUUGCGUGGAUGCACCAUGCAAAAGAAAGCCCAGCGAUGCCAGAAGUCGUCGAGUUCCUACGAAAGGUGGAGAGGGAUCAAGUAGUUCUUUCCUGGGACUUGUCCUGGUGUGGCCAGUCCUUAGGUCCUUCGAAUACGCCAACCCGCAAGACUCAGCAUGCGGCUCUACACAUGGCCAUACACUUUGGCUUGGAUUAUGCUGCCGAAGAGUUACUACGCAGUUAUGAUAUUCUCAAAGAUCAUGACUGUGAUCCAACAGCAAUAGCGCAUGCGAUCAAGCAUGAGCGGGUUGCGGUGGUCAAGCUGCUUCUCCAGGUGGAAGGAAUGGACGUGAAUCGCAAAGAUUGCCACCUCAUGACACCUUUGGCGUGGGCUGCCCAGGAGGGGCAAGCAGAAAUAGCCCGAUUACUUUUGAGAGAUGGUAGAGUUGAGAUCAAUAGCAAAAAUGGCGAAUCUGAGUUAACACCGUUGGCGUUAGCUGCUAGAGGACGAGACGAAGGAAUAGUUCAACUACUGCUUGAGACCAAAGGAGUCGAUAUUAAUAGCAAGGAUCGGGAGGGUCAGACACCCCUGGCUUUGGCAAUCAAGAGAGGCACUACGAAGACUAUCGAAUUCCUGCUCCAGGCCGAAGGGAUUGAUAUCAAGAAUAAGGAUCAUACUGGUCAAACACCACUAGCCUUGGCUCUCGAGAGAAGCAAUAUGAAAGCACUUGAAUUACUGCUCAAAACCGAGGGAAUCGAUAUCAACACAAAGGAUUCAGAUCGCCACACACCCAUAGGGUGGGCAAUCGCGAGCGACUUCGCAAAUGUGGUCGAACUACUGAUUAACACAGAAGGAGUUGAUGUCAAUAGAAAGAACCAAGAUGGUGUGACACCACUAGUCGGGGCCAUCGGGAGUGGCUUUACAAAUGUGGUCGAAUUACUGCUGAAGACCGAAGGGAUCGAUGUUAACCAACGAACCCACGCUGGCCAGACACCACUGGCCUUGGCAAUCGAAAGAUACAACACACAGGUGGUUGGAUUGCUGCUCAAUAUGGAAGGAGUUGAUGUCAACAGAAAGAAUCACACGGCCCAGACACCACUAGCCAUAUCCGUCAAACUGGGAAAUAAAAAGGUUACCCAAAUGCUGCUUGAUACUGGGAGAGUCAAUAUUGGAAGCCAAGAUCAGAUUGGCCAAACACCAUUGACCUUGGCGUUCAAAGCCGGGGAUAAAGAGGUGUUCAAGAUGCUACUAGAGGCUGGAGCAGUCGAUAUAAACCGCCAGGACCAAGCCGGACGAACACUACUUGCGUUGCCGGCCAGCAAAGAAUGUGCAGAGAUGAUUAAGAUGCUACUGGAAAGUGGGAGAGCGAAUGCAAACCUCGAAAACCAGAUCAGACAAACAGUGUUAGCCUUGGCGGCUAAGAAUGGACUUGAAGAGCUGGUCGAAAUGCUGCUUGCGACCGACAAAGCAGAGGUAGAUAACAAGGAUCUAGCUGGUCAGACAGCACUGUUUUUUGCCGCUGAAAAUGGCCACGAGAAAGUAGUCCAGCUGUUGGUCGGAACUGGGAAAGUCUACAUCAACAGAAGAGAUGGCCUUGGACAGACACCACUGGCAGCAGCGGCUUCAAGAGGACAUGACAAAAUCGUUGAGAUGCUCCUCAAGAUUGACAAAAUAAAUAUAGAUGGCAAAGACAUCAAUGGCUUGACACCACUGGCAGCAGCGGCUUCAAGAGGCCAUGACAAAAUCGUUGAGAUGCUCCUCAAGAUUGACAAAAUAAAUAUAGAUGGCAAAGACAACAAUGGCUUGACACCACUGGCUCUGGCGGCUAAAAGCGGCAGUUUCGAGACAGUCAAGCUAUUCAUCGAGACUGGGAAAGCAGACAGAGAGAGUCGAAAUCGGGCGGGAUAUGCACUUUUGACUCAUGCAGCCCGGGAAGGUUGCAUGGAGAGGGUUGAGAUGCUUCUCAACAGCGGAUACUUUGAUUUCAUUGUCGAAGACAUGGCUACCUUGAAAACUCUGAGGUAUUUUAGGACGACAAGAGAGGACUUGGGCAAGCAUCUGGUGGAGUUCGUAAAGAUGUCAGUCUGGAGGUCAUAA